CCUUGAUUAAAUACAAUUGAGUAACAGGUGCGCGAAGAAUAAGUAGAAAAAGUGUGCGUUUGUCGACUCAUUCACAAAUCGAGCUUCUAACUUUUUUUUAUUUUGCAAAUAUAAGAGGACAGCAUGCCGUUGACUCGCUCGAAAGUCCCAGAAAGCGUCCAGAGUAAGGAACAGUUAAGUCGGGAGAUGCGACAGAAAAGACUGGCGCUUUUCAUCCAGCAGUUUGAGAAGGAAGCACAAGAACGCCUGAACGACUUGGAAGUGAAAAUGGAGAACCUGUUGGGCACAGUGGACAAAGUCUUCUCAGUGGAGCUGAUGAAGAUGCCCCCUUCUCUUAAAAACACGCUCCUAAAGGAUUUAACAAGUGAGGAGGGAAUUUCUGCCAGUGAGGUGUCUAUAGUCAUGAGUGAGUCCUGUGAGAUGUCUCAGCCCCUCAGGAGAGUACUUUAUAAUAAUAAAAGAGGAAAAUCGACCGAUACAUCACCAGCUUCGUCUACCUCAGCUCAGAAGUCCUCUUCCAAAGCCCCAAAGAGUGGAAAGGGGACAAAAAGGACCAGAACAUUAGUUGGUAGUAACAGCGCAGGAAAUCUGUCGGCUUCAUCUGGGACUGUGAAAAGAACUCAAAGCUGCUCGAUGAGUCGCUACGAUCAGACUGUAUCGAAGCAGAAAACGCCAAAACUCAGGUCUGUCAUGUCUGCUGGGGAUUUGCAGUGUUCAGUGGCAGGAUCUGCAGCACACAUCACUGUGACUACAGCACGGGGACAGAUUGUCAGUUUUUCUGAAGAGAACAAGGAUGAAAUUAACUGGGACUUGCUUGAUGACGUUGCGCUGUGCCACAUCCAGAAGCUUUCGAGUCUGAUGGACUAUCUCUCACGGCAGAGUCGCUCUCAACAAUGAGUUUAGAUGUCUGAACACCAACUGCGACCAGGACAUUUUUCAUAAGAUUGUCAACAUGUUUCAAAUGUUUUAAAUGUUUUGUAAAUAUAAUAAAGUUCACUGGUAUUACA